AUGGUAGGGGAAAACUUAUGCAUGAGGAGGACAUUGGUCAAGGUCCCAACCAUCAAGGAACCACCACAAAGAAAAUAUCUGUUUAGAACCACAUGUAAGGCACAAGGAAAGGAAUGUAAGGUGGUAGUUGAUUCUAGUUCCAUCGAUAAUUUAGUUGCAGUAGAGAUGGUAGAAAAGUUAAAAUUAAAGAGGAUCCCUCACCCCAUGCCAUAUAAGGUGUCUUGGCUAAAUAAGGGUCAACAAGUACUUGUCAAUGAGAAGUAUUGGGUAGAGUUAAAUAUUGGUCCUUAUGAGGAUAAAAUUUUGUGUGACAUCAUUCCCAUGGAUGUGUGCCACAUCCUACUUGGUAGGCCUUGGCAGUAUGAUAGGGAAGUCCAACAUGAUGGAAAGAAGAAUGCAUUUGUCAUCAAGAAGGGGGGAGUAUCUUAUACCCUUACCCCACUAAAGGAACAUGAGAGUGAAAUCCAUGAAGGACCCAGUGUAAUGGCAGUGAAGGAGAAGGAGUUCAUGAAGAACCUAGAAGAAGAGGAGUGUGGAUACGUCAUUGUGGGGAAACCAAUCUCAGAAGCAAUAGAUAAUGACAUCAAGGAAGUCCCUAAAGUGGUGCAGACCUUACUUGAUAAGUAUGAAGGUAUAGUAGUGAAGGAAUUACUUAAUUCCUUGCCUCCCAUUCAUGAUGUGACUCAUCAUAUUGACCUAAUCCCUGAUGCAAGUCUUCCCAACAAGGCGACAUACAAAAUGACACCUCAACAAAAUGAGGAGAUAAAGAAGUAG